UCCGCCAGUACUGGCGUCAGUAUCCGGAUAACGAGCCCGCCCACUCUGUGCUCAGCGCGUCCUGUUUCCAUGACAGCGCAAAAGGGUUCUUACUUUAGGAAGGCUUCAUCAUGGCAGGAUUCUCAGGGGGCACGGACCCGGUGGGUCGCCUUCUAGUACAGGUUCAAGAUGAUCUGCAACACUUAAAGAAUGAGCUGACUCAUGCCAUUAUCCAUGAUAAAGAAGAGGUUGUUGAUAUCCAUGUUCUAGAGAAAGCAAUACAAAGGACAAAGAUUGGUCUAAAGAAACACACCGAGGACUACUUGCAUUACAUAAGCUGCAAUCCACUGACUCUUCCCUAUGAGGGAAACAGGGACAAGUAUACCCCUAAACUGUUAAAAUGGGGACAUCACUUGGAAGCUGGAAAGCAGAAAAAACCUCUAUUGGAUUCAACAGAUAUCAGGCUGCAACUAGCACAUGCACCAGGCUUCACCAAUGUCAUUUCACCUGGACAACAGCACAAGCUGUCACUCAGCACCCGCAUAAUGUGUAAUCCCGAGAACAUCACACAUCGUGGUCUGCUCAGCCAGAACUUUGGGAUCAGUUUACCUCUGAUCAGCUGCAGACAAAAAAUAUCUCUACCGCAUGAAAAGAUCAUUAGAGGAAACACUGUCGCUAACUUGGCUGUGCUGCCUGCCUCACACCGUAUGGACGCAUCUCUUCCCCCGCCACCUGUACAGGAAAAGGACGUACAGACAGGUCUUUUGAGCCUGAUGCAGAGAGGGCUUAUACCUCAAGCUGCCCAGCUCACCCUGGAUCCUCCUGCAGUGUUAUCUCAAACUCUUGCUCUACAUAGUGGCAAGACACCAAGAGUACCAGUCCUAAAGGAAGACACAGUAAAGGAUUUUUCUAAAAUGGCAGUAACAUCUGUGGACAUAGAGCGCACCCAUAAGACAAAAUCUUAUGCAACUCGGCAGUCUCACACCCAGCUUCAGAGAGAUAGAUGUGUAACACCUUAUCCUUCAACACAACAUUCCGCCUCAGCCAAAAGGGUACAGACCCCUGUAUCAGUGAUUGACAUGGAUCUGCAAAGAGAUGCUCCUACGCAUCAGAUGUCCUACUUGACAGCUACUCCAAUGGGUGACCGGUUUACUAUUUACAGUGGGGUUAUUGACACAGAGGCUGCAGACUUUUUGGCAUUCAAGCAGCAAUAUUGCUUGUGUUGGGGUAGCUUUCUGUCCUUCCUGGAGAGCCUGCAGAAAUUACUACUGGAUUAUGCUGUGCCAGCUGCCGUGGUCGAGGGUGAGAAGUUGAGACUGGCAGUAUUGGAACAGGAGCUAGGUGUUCCUCCAUCGGUCUCUCAACUGCUGUCUGUUUUGGAAAACAAGUCCUGGGUCCAGAGAUUCCUGAAUCAGCCAGGGCAGCGCUACAGAGGGAGAGAAGGAAAGCAUGCAGCCGCAGUGAAGAUCCAGGCAACUUGGAGAGGCUACCGGGACCGCACAGCAUAUCUGUUUUAUCAACGGCAGCGGUGGGCUGCAGGCAUUAUUGCAAUAUCAUGGCUCCUACAUUUGCAGAAGUCACGUGUUCGUAAAAUGCUUCAAACAUCAAGGGACCAUUACCUAAAUAACUAUCAUUGCAGGAUUAAGCAUCUGGUAUCCAACUGGAAACACAUCAGGAUGUGCAGGAGGAGCAUUAUCCAUAUCCCAUCAUUAGGCUACACAGAAAAACAGAGAGCUCAGACCUCUGAUUUGCACAUCCAGCAGAACCUGCAGAUAGGACGACUUUGUGAUAUUGCAGAUCCCAAUGUGGAUGUUAUUUACGUGUGCCCAGUGGAAUUGGAUGAGGAGAUGCAACAAUAUUACCGCAAACUUCUAGGUCUACGGGCAGCUGUGCUAGCUGGCAAUCCCAAGGAUGCCUCCGACCUGCAUGAGAGAUUUACCAUUGUUAUUCCUGAGGCUGUAGGCAGAUUUCCCAAUCACCACAUGUGUCUGUCCACCCUGCUGAAGUACAGCCCAAAGGCCCUGAUUCGUAUCCGGAAUUUAAUCCGAGGCCGGGAGGCUUACAUGGUUAGCGGAGUCCCACAUGCAGAUGACCUUGCAGUGGCAGAUAUGUUGGACAUACCUAUAUUGGGCUCAGAGCCAAAGCUGGCACAUCUAUACAGCACAAAGUCUGGAAGCAAAAGGAUAUUUGCCAGUGCUGGAAUAGCCACUGCUCCCGGGGAAUAUGACAUCUAUACACAGCAGCAGUUUCUUGACGCACUGGGGCAAUUGAUCAUCAAUAAUCUUCAGGUUACUCGCUGGCUGUUUAAAGUGGAUGACGAGUUUGGUGGCAAUGGGACAGCUUUCUUUGACAUUGCUGCGCACCUACCUAGCUUUGAGUGGGCUCUGAGUGAGAUGGGCCGAUACGGCCCUGACACAUGGAAACAGAAGUGGGCUCAGGAAAAGGUCCUGCUGAGGAUAAUGCAUGAACUCCCACAGAUACUGGAGAAAUAUGCGCAGGUAGUCAACAAGAAACGUUUCUCUACAUGGGACAAGUUUCUGCAGCAUUUAGUGAGUCGAGGAGGAGUAAUUGAAGCUUUUCCUCCUGCUGAGAGCAUAACCUGUCUCACUGUCGACCUACUGAUAGAACCAGACGGAGAGAUCAAGAUAAUGUCCUGUGGUGAUCAGAUUCAUAGCCCUGGUCCUCUUCAGAGUAUUGGUACCUCUGUCCCCCAGUGCUCUGUUUCCCCAAAUGCCCUCACUUCCAUCUGUACCCGUAUUGGAGAGGUCUGCAGGACUCGUGGAAUGUUGGGAUACCUGUCUGUGGAUCUGCUGACCUUUAUAGAUCACAACAGCCUGGAGCAGCAGAUUUGGGCUACAGAUCUGGACUUGUGCUAUAGUGACCAGCUGGCUAUGACAAACUUAAUGCUUUAUUUGACCAAUGGAACACUGGACUGUACCAACAGCCGCCUGGAUGUCCCCCCUGCUCCAAGCAAAAUGGAAUGUUCCAGACACAGGGCUCAGUCUAUGCAGACUGCUCCAAACGCAAGUCGUGUUGCAGUUCUUAGCACUCGUCUCCUACACACAAACCUGUCUGUUGUGUAUUACAGUGUUUUCUUCCAGAUGUGCAGAGCACAUGGCAUCGGCUAUGAUGUGAAGGAGAAACAAGGAACAGUAUUUGUGCUCCUGGAAAACCAGAAGAGGCACCGUCUGGGAAUGCUGACCAUUGCCGAGGACCUCCAGGGAGCAUUGAUGACCUUUGCCCACAAUCUGUUUAUCAUCCAUCAAGAAAUAUCAGCACCUAAUAUGCAGGGUGAAACUAAUUUCAAGGAAACUGUGCAGGAAAUUGAAGACAUUUUGGGUGUUGCAGAAGAAAACAAGCUGAAGUUUGAGAAAGAUGUGAUCUAA